CAGCCUGUUACAGCAGCUCCUGCUUACUUUCGUGUUUUCCUACUUUUUCUCUCUCUGUUAGUACGUAAGUUAGUUGUGAGUUGUUUUUUGUCUUAUCUGCACUAUGGACACCAAACUACUAGAGUUUGCUCUGGUCCUCGCUCUGCUUUUUUCUUUGUUUACGACCGCGUCCGGAGACCGCGUGCGGAGCCAUGGCUCCAUUGUUUACAACCGGGGUCAGCUGUUGGCGCUGCGCCAAACGGCAGUGCUGCCGGACGAGAGACCCGACAUCUCCCGCGAGCUGAGGAGGAAGAGACGCGGGUGUCGUGCCGGAGCUCUGCGUCGGACUAAGAGGAGACGCUACAGACCUGUUCUCCCCUCCGUCAUUAUGGGGAAUGUGAGAUCUCUCCCCAACAAGAUGGACGAGCUGGCGGCGCUGACGCGACACCAGAGAGAAUAUCGUGAAUGCAGCGUUAUGCUGUUCUCGGAGUCGUGGCUAACGGCGCUAACCCCGGACACGGUCGUCACGCUGGACGGCUUCCAGCUCAUACGCGCGGACAGGACAACGGAGAGCGGGAAGAGGAAAGGAGGAAAGAAGGCUAUUGAAACAGAGGAGGAAGAGUCAAGGGAUGAGAUAGCAGUUCUCUCCACAGAAUCAUCAACUAUUGAUGACUCAGAUGAUGAGGAGAUGAAACCUCCUUCAAAAGGAAAGAAAGCAAGAUCAACCAAGCAAGAUGACCUGGGUCGAACUCGAGCAAAAACUGUUGGCGGAGCAAUAAUACGUUACAAGCGUGCCGUACAUGCCUUUAACCAAGGUGGCUCGAUGAAGAAGGCUUUCCAAAAAGUGGGGGUGGAUCGCAAUACCAUCUCCAGGACAUCACCAAUUCCUGAGCUUGCAAUAGCAGCACCUGGUGUCUUUCAGGCCCUUUAGUGCCUGUUUGAUGUAAAUCAUUUUUAAUGUAAAUCAUCAAUAAAUGAUGACCUGUU